AUGCAGGAGGGCCGCGGCUGCAAUCUCGUAUCUCUGCCUUCAGGUAGACCGGUGCCAGGUAGUGUGAAGCCUUGUGAAGUUCGUGGAGGAGGCUGCUUUUCUCCAGGUGCUGCUUGUUUCCUGCCCUCCAGUCCUCUUCAUCUCCGGUGUAAUUUUCGUCCAGAGUCUUUUGAUGUACAGAAACGCGGGCGCGUUAUAUCAGAGAAGGGCAGACGAAGCAGCUUCGCAAGUGCUGCCUGUGCUUCUAGGUUCGCUGCUCACUCUUUAGGGAGAUCUCGCCGCGAGAAGAUAGUUGUCCAGGUGACGAUGGCGACGUGUGCAGUAAAUCGUGUACUUCAUGUUGUUCGAGUGGGAAAAUCUGCCCAAAAAUUAUGGGGCGCCAGAAGUAUUUGGCACAUUUCACACUUACCUGAAACGCAUCAAAUGCUUCAGAAAACUGUUCGCGAUUUUGCCGAAGCAGAAUUGAAACCUAAUGCAGCCAAAUACGACAAAGAAGGGGAAUUUCCUAUGGAACAAAUUAAAAAAAUGGGAGAAUUGGGUCUUCUGAGUAUUGAUACUCCAGAAGAAUAUGGUGGAACUGGACUUGAUUGUUUAGCCUAUUGUAUUGCCUUGGAAGAAAUUGCAAGAGGUUGUGCUUCUAUAGCCACAAUGAUGAGUGUGCACAGUUCUUUAUAUUUAAACCCCAUUAUAAAGUUUGGAAGGGAAGAUCAAAAAAUUCAGUUUGCUCAACCAUUUACCAGUGGUGAGCAGGUUGGAUGUUUUGCUCUGACUGAGCCAGGAAAUGGAAGUGAUGCUGGAGCUGCUUCCACAACAGCCACUGCCAAAGGAGAUACAUAUGUAUUAAAUGGCUCAAAAGCAUUUAUCUCUAAUAGUGCUGAAGGAAGAGGUGUAAUUGUUUUUGCCACUACAGAUAAGAAGAAGAAACAUAAAGGAAUCUCUGCUUUCUUGGUUCCCAAACCAAUUGAUGGUUUGACGGUAGGGAAAAAGGAAGAUAAACUAGGAAUUCGAGCAUCCUCAACUUGCCAGCUUAUAUUUGAAGACUGUGUAGUCCCCAAGGAAAACAUUUUGGGAGAGCCUGGAAUGGGCUUUAAAAUUGCCAUGAUUGCCCUUGAUGGUGGACGCAUUGGAAUUGCCAGCCAGGCUCUAGGGAUUGCUCAGGCUGCUUUGGACUGUGCUGUUGAUUACGCUACAAAGAGGAGUGCGUUUGGAGCUCCUAUUGUAAAACUUCAAGCAAUUCAGGCCAAACUUGCCGACAUGACAACCAGACUUGAAGGAGCAAGGUUGCUGACAUGGAGAGCAGCCAUGUUGAAGGAUAACAAUCUUCCAUUCACCAAAAAGCAGCAACAUUCUGUGCUCACACCGCAAUUCAAGUGCUUGGUGGAAUGGGAUUCAUUGCUGACAUGCCAGCUGAACGACACUACAGAGAUGCUCGCAUCACAGAAAUUUAUGAAGGAACUUCCGAAAUUAUGCGACUUGUCAUUGCGUUGA